UAAGUUCAUCCAUCCCACUUAUGCACCGGUCUACCUCAUGCCUUUAAACUUGUUCGGAAUUGCAAGGAUGACGAUUUGGACUGCUGUUUUCCUCAUGGUUAUUCUUUCAUAUAUUGAAGCAGAUGACUAUUGCUACAAUGAGCCAUACUGUGAUCCUUACGCGUGGGGGGACUUUUUUCACUCCUGUCACCCGUUACUUGAAGAGCAUCACUCCCCUAUUGACCUGGAUCUCCACAUGAGCCGGAACACCUCUCUGGACGCCCUGCAGCUGGAGGGCUUUGAGGAGGUGCAAGGAGGACACUGGACACUUGAAAAUGACGGUCAUUCCGUGGUGCUGUUAGUGGGUAGUGGGAUGUCAGUGAGUGGGGGCGGUCUUCCUGGUCUGUACCAUACUCUUCAGCUGCACUUCCAUUGGGGCAGCCCAGCCACCAACGGCUCUGAGCACACACUGGACUCCCGCAGAUACCCUAUGGAGAUGCACAUUGUCAGCAUGAAGUCUAUCCACCCAAAUGUGUCUGCAGCUCUAGACGACCCCACGGGGCUUGCCGUCCUGGGAUUCUUCAUUGAUGUGGUGUAUGCGGACAAUGUGCAUUUCAACUACAUAUCACAAAAGCUUUCCACUGUAGCACACAAAGGACAAGUGUCUAAAAUAAAGCCCUUUGCGCUGAUGAGCCUUCUGCCAAAGCACAACCUAUCUCAGUACUACAGAUAUCACGGCAGUUUGACCACUCCCCCAUGCUCCCAGGCUGUUGUCUGGACAGUGUAUGAGGUCCCCAUCUACAUCUCAUGGACUCAGCUUGCCCAGUUCACGUCCCAGAUUUUCUCCACAGAGGAAGACGCAGAGCAAGUCACGCCUCUUCAGAACAACUACAGACACAUCCACCCCAAAUUCAGCCGCGUGGUCUCUGCAUCCAGGGAUGCACGGGUCCUCCUAGCGACCGCAGGACGCCCUGUCAGCCCCUCUGUGGUACUGGGGCUCUUUCAUGUGUGUUUAUUAGGGCUCCUCACUCUGGUACCUUAGAACAACACAAAAAUACUGGAGAUGUAACUCUAAUCUGAACACUGUGAUGUAUUUUGUCAUCAUAAGGUUAGAAAGAUGAAAAUAGGUGCCUUACAUGACUUGAACAUUGUAUUUGAUAAUGACUUAUUGCAUGUGUAUUCAUUCAUUCAUUCUACAUAUUUUUACUAUCUGUACAAACCAUAGCACAUUGAGCUGAAUGGGCCAUUUAGAAGUAUUUUGCCAGUUUGACAUCCAUAAACUCACUACAACUAGAAACCUUGCCUUGAAGAUCAUUUGACUGUACAAAAAGAAACAUUUGGAUUUCUGGGUCCAUCUCAAUGUGAAGGACAUUCUUGGUAACCCUCAGAUGAACUGGAGCCUGUUGUCUUUGUCUGUGAUCACAAGCCAUCCUCUGCCUGUCACCACCACACACACGCACACACGCACGCAUGCACAGAAGACUUCUACCCAGACCCCCCUGACGUAGAUUUUUGAGAGUUCCAGCUGGAACAGUCACAAUAACCAGUGUUUGUUGACUGCAUUUUAUUCAAAUGUAUUAUCUAAUCUUAUUACAUUAAGUUCACUUUCAGAACCGUCAUGUGACUCAUGAGCUUUUUAGUAUGAACUCCACACAACACUCAGUCAGAAGAAUUUUAAGUCACACAAGAAAAAUUCUUUGUACAAGUUAUUUGAACAUCGUGUGGCUUAUUAGCAUUGAGGACACA